CAGAGGCGUAUCAGUGACCUUCCGGGGGAGGUGCCCCGCCCCGGCCACUAUAAAAGGGAAAGUGCCGACGGACUGUCAUCACUCCCCAGCUGACCAGCUCCAGUCACACACACCGGCUCCCAACCAACAGAAUGAAGGCCUUCAUUGUCGCCGCCCUCCUGGCCGUCGCUGCCGCCGACAAGCUGCCCGCUGCCUACAGGACUCCGGUUGCCUACAGGGCCCCGGCUGCCUACGAGGCCCCGGCUGCCUACAAGGAGCCCGAGUACGAGCCGUCCCCGUACGCGUUCGACUACUCGGUCAGCGACUACGAGACGGGCUCCAAGUUUGCCGCCAACGAGAACAGCGACGGCAAGCAGACGUCCGGCUACUACACGGUGGCUCUGCCCGACGGCCGCAUCCAGACGGUCAAGUACACCGUCGACGACUACGCCGGCUACAACGCCGAGGUCACGUACGAGGGCGAGGCCCAGUACCCCGAGGAGCCCGUCUACAAGGCCGCUCCGGCUCCGGCUCCCGUCUACAAGGCUGCUCCCGUCUACCAGGAGCCUGAGCAGGAGCCCAUCUACGCCUACCGCCCCGUCCAGAAGUACAACAACUAAGUCGUCUCCAUGAUCUCAGUUUACGUGCUCCCACUUUUUGAUAUAUGCUUGCUAUUGGUGAUGCUGGCGUGAUUAAUUUGAUAGCAUUUUGCUACCAUUUAAUAUUGUUUAUUGUUCCAAUGUUUGCCCGUAUGUAAAAAAUAAAUUAUGAACCUAUGUUAUGC